GCUUGUUUUCGCUGUGUCCAUAGAAAGUUUGUGUUUUUUUUCCUUCCUGAAAGUUUAAGCAGGGCUGUUGUUGCGCGCAUCCAACAUGACAGAGAAAGUAACGGACAUCACGGCUGGCAGUGAUUUCCUGCUGUGCUGGUUACUGCAAUGAAUGGUAACACUGUCCAGCAGACCACAAGCACUGCACCGUCCGUAACACCUCCUUGUGGAUGGAGGGAGUUCUGCGAGUUGCAUGCCAGCACCACGGCCCGAGAACUUGCCCAGCACUACCGGCGCUUCGUCAGAGAGCGGCCGGUGCAGGAUGUGGUCCCGCCGGAAAGUUUCUCGAAGCAGUUCAGCGCCCUCUUCCAGCACCACUUCAGCUGUGAGGUGGCUAAAGAUGCAGGACACGCCCUGCGGCCUCCGCCGCCACCACCCUUACUGCCCAUGACUGGCCGUUUACGCAUCACUUCCUUCUCAGGAGUGCUGGACUACCGGGAGACCGUGCGGCCAGGAGUGACUCCGCUAGUUGCUGUGUUGGCACCCAAACCAGAUGCGGCUGUCGUCCCUAGGGAACAGGAGCAGUUGCUGCGCUGCUCUCCUCCAGACACUACACGCAGAACACGGCAUCAUAGCCAGGAAGACGAACACCCAGAGCGGAGGACCGGGUCUGAACGUUACUCACCCCCUUUGUUUUCCUUCACUUCCCGUAGUGACAUAGCCCACAUUUCCAUCAGGGGCUUUCGAGAAAGCGUAAGCCGACUCUUUAAGAAAUCCCCGCAACUUGACGAAUCCUCAAGUGGUUGCCCAAGGGACGAUUCAAUCACGGGUGGCGGACCCUCGGCGACUGUUGAAUGCACCUCUCAAACCCCACCUCAGACUGUGCAGGUACCCGCUCAUCGCAGCUCGCAGAAGAGUGUGCGCUGGGAACGGUGGAAUCCGUUGAGAACUGUGAGACGGAGGCAAGAGACAGGAAGUGUUUGUAAAGAGGGGCAGCUGCGGUACCUGGAGGUGGAUGACACUAUCUCGGACACGCCCCCGCAUUGGCUGCGCUGCCGCCUGCAGGUCAGGAGGAUCAACGAGCACACCGCUACUGAGAGGUACCAGCUGGAGCUCUAUGACCCACCCAAGGACUACAAAACGCCAAAGCUCACCGUACCCUGUUCGGACAUCCAAGAGAUUCGACGCUGUAAUCGUCUAGAGAUGCCAGACAACAUGAACACAUUUGUCUUAAAGGUUACUGGUCAUCCGGGUAGUUUUAUAUUCGAGGCCGAUAAUGAGCAGCAGGUGAGCUCUUGGACCACAGAGCUCAGAGAAUGCAUCACCAGCAGGUCAGAUAGUGUGGAUGGAGAACCGUUUCCUGUUAGCGACUCGCUCAAUGCAGCUUGCAGAGGGAGCACAGAGCCCGGCGGCCAGAGCUCUCUGGGUUUUGGACUCGCAGAGCACGCCUACAAUAAAACGGAUCACUUCCUGUCCUCUUACCCAUGGUUCCAUGGGCCCAUAUCACGUGUGCGGGCUGCCUACCUUGUACAGCAUGCCGGGGUCAGCGGUCAUGGGAACUUCCUAGUGAGGCAAAGCGAGACGCGGAGAGGAGACUACGUCCUCACGUUUAACUACCAGGGCAGAGCGAAGCAUUUGCGUCUAUCUUUAACUGAAUGGGGUCAGUGUCGUGUGCAACACCUGCGUUUCCCAUCAGUCAUGGACAUGCUGAGUCACUUCCGCAACUGUCCGAUCCCACUGGAGUGUGGCGCCGCUUGUGAAGUCAUGUUGGCCAAUUACGUGCGGGUAAACCCCACUCACACAGGUCAGAGUUCGGCUCUUGGCUCUCCGGUAUUGGUGCCCUUCUCUCGCUGGAGCUCAGAGCCGAGUCUGGCUCACUGUAGUCCAGAUUCAUUCCCUCACUCCAGCCCCUCCACGUCCCAGACAUCAGCGUUAUCCUCGCUCCAGCACCACACACCCCCGUCGCUACAAGAUCGUCCCGUUCCCGUUCCCCUUCGCCGGAGCGAAUCGGUGGGCCGCAGAAACCUGCUCCGGCACCCUAAUCCGCUCCCGCCCCUACUGACCAACCGGGACUCUGACUACGAACUGGAGCCGCCUGACAGGGGGCGCAAGAGAGCCAUCGACAACCAGUACAUGUUCUUCUGAUAGAGACAGAGGAUGAAAAAGAACAAAAGAAGCCACAGAGGAAAAGUGCUCCAGAAUUCCCUCCCGGAUGGAGAACGUCCGGCAGCCGAACGGAGAAAGGAGUUCGAGUCGUGCGGAUUUGCGUACGAGACUCGCGGUGGAGGCGCGUGCACGUGACGCACGUGACCGAACGAUACUGCCAGACACCUGACAGCUGUCUACCUUGUGAAUGUAUUAUACAGAUGUUUCACUAUCGAAGGGGUGUGUUUUGUAGAAUAACUAAAGUAGGAAGGAGAAGCAGACAGCUGCUCGGAGGAUUUGUUGGAAGUAGCGGAUGGGAACAUUUCACGAUAGCUGGUCAGUAAGUUGAACACAAGCCAAGGGUCUGUUCAAACACGGCCGUGUCUACACUGGAAGCGGCCGACAUCGCGAUAACUUAAGGCCGUCUACACUGGAUACAUUCACAGUCAGCUGAAAGAUGGUGGCUAGACUUUAGUAAUCAACGAUUACUAAAAUGACAAUCAGGUUUUCGACAAAAAUCUAUUGCAAAAUUGAUUUUGCAUGUGUAUAAUUUGAAAAUUAAUUUUACAUUAUUUUUAAUUUAUUAAAAAUAAUGUUCGUAUUCCUGCAACUGCAUAUGCAUUUGCUUAGAAAGUUAUUCAAAUUAGCACAUCAGACCAAAAGGCUAGCGAUUAUUAAAAUGUUGUUAAAAUCAUUCCAAAAAAUCUGUAUUUUCUACAGAAAUCCAUUGUAAAAUUGAUUUUGCAUGUGAUUAACUUUAUCAGUAAUUUUACAUAUGUUCAUAUUCCUACAAGUGCACAUGCAUAUUGUUAAAACAUUUUUUUUAAAUUAGUACGCCAGAGCAGAAAACUAAAUUUAAGCGAUUAGAAAAAU